GUGGGGGCGGGGCUUGCUGCUCCCUGGGCGCCCGCACCUGGGCGCACCUGGUGCUGCUUUGGCGUGGGCCUACCAAUCCUGCGGGCGGGGUGAGGCAAACCACUCUUUCGGAACCACAGACUGGCCCCGUGGCCAAUGUUCCAUAGCCCACAGGUCGAAGGGUCCCUGAGGCCAAGGCUUUGAGUCCCUACGAAGGACGAGCAGGUGGAACCAACGAGCUGAAUGCACGACUGAUAGUUUCUCUACUUUCCCAACUAAUCCUGUGUACUCUUACAACAGUGUUUUAGGGAUUGAACCGAGGGCCUGUGCGUGCUGUAGUAAUGAGCUAUAUCUCCAGCCAUUUUUUGGAGGCACAGUCCAACUGUAGCUACCUGGAACCCAUCUAUAUCCCAGGCUGGCCUUGAACUCACAGCAACUCUAACCCGACCUCAGCCUCUUUAUUGCUGGGACUAAAGCAGGAAAUCCCAGACAGAUCCUGUUCCAGGUCAUAAAAAAUACAGACAUGUCAGGUUCUGCGCCAUUUAAGAUGAGAUUAGUUCAUUUGGACCUUAAAGGAGCUCCACCAAAGGUCUCAUACCUCUCAGAGGUUUUUCCCCUGUUCCAUGCACUUGGUGCAAAUGGCCUCCUCAUUGAGUAUGAAGAUAUGUUUCCAUAUGAGGGUCGUCUGAGGCUGUUGAGGGCCAAGCAUGCAUACAGCCCCUCUGAAGUCACUGAGAUUCUGCAUCUGGCCAGACUGAGCAAGUUGGAGGUCAUUCCCCUGGUGCAGACAUUUGGGCAUAUGGAGUUUGUGCUAAAGCAUGCAGCAUUUGCCCAUCUCCGAGAAGUGGCUUUCUUCCCUAACACUCUGAACCCUCAUGAAGCUGAGUCUCUGGCGCUGGUGGGAGCCAUGAUUGACCAAGUUCUGGAGCUGCACAGGGGUGCCCGGUGGCUUCACAUAGGGUGUGACGAGGUCUACUACCUGGGAGAAGGGGAGGCCUCAAGGCAGUGGCUACAGCAGGGACAGAACAACCAAGCAAAGCUGUGUCUGUCCCACAUGAGGGCAGUAGCCAGCCACGUGCUGGCCCGACACUCCAGCACAACACCCCUGGUGUGGGACGACAUGCUACGGGACAUCCCCCAGGACCAGCUCAAAGAAUCUGAGGUGCCUCAGCUGGUGGAGCCUGUGCUCUGGGACUACGGGGCUGACCUAGAUGUCCACAGCAAGGUCCUCCUUAUGGAAAAGUACCGGCAGUGUGGCUUCCCAAGACUGUGGGCUGCUAGUGCCUUCAAGGGAGCCACAGGGGCUAGCCAGACCCUGCCCCCUGUUGAGCACCACCUCAGGAACCAUGUGCAAUGGCUGCAGGUAGCAGGCAGCGGGCCGGUGGACACACUGCAGGGCAUCAUCCUGACUGGCUGGCAGAGGUACGACCAUUUCUCUGUGCUGUGUGAGCUGCUCCCUGUUGGAAUCCCAUCCCUGGCCACCUGUUUGCAGACCCUCAUACAUGGAGGCCCCUCCGACCGCUUCUGCCUAUGGAUGGUUUCAGGAGGCUUUACUGAGGAUGCUAAGCUGAGAGUGGAGAGCUUUCUUGGGGUCUCAAGCCUGGAAAUAACAGAUGCUGUGAGUGAAGGGGCUGGCUCCUUCCCUGGCAGUGACAUCUACACCCUCGUCAUGCAAGUCAGCCUCUACCUGCACAAUUCUGUGGACACACUUCUGGAAAGGAAUAGGUACAUCACUGGCUGGUUCAGCCCCUACCACCGUAGGCGGAAACUCAUCCACCCAAUCAUGAUCCAGCACAUAAAGCCGGAGGCUCUCAGCCUCCUGAGCAGGUGGAGUACUCUUGUGCAGCAGCUGGAGGCAGCCUUGCAGUUGGCCUUCUACCCAGAUGCCAUCGAGGAGUGGCUGGAGGAGAACGUACAUCCAAGUAUGCAGCGGCUGCAGGGUCUGCUGCAGGACUUGGGUGAAGCUGCUGCCCACCAGGCCCCUCCUGCCAACCCUGGCUUGGACAAAGGCCGGGAUCCCUGAGGGGCAGGGAUCCUGUAUGGGCAGUACUGGGCUGAAGUCACCUCCCUGCCCAGCCACAUCAGCCUGUACUUUUCCUGCUGAACCAUGAGUAGCUGUGCAGCCAGACAUCCAACUAUGCACACAAUAACUUUGGGGAAAGCAGAAAACAAAAGAAAAAUGGUACAUGGGUACUCAUUUGCAUUCUGCCUGUAGAUCUUUAUUCUGAAAUAAAAAGACUAACAGAA